UAUAUUUCUUCUUGCCUCGGCCCCUGCUGAGCCGUAUGCAUGACGGCCCCUUUGCCUCUUGUCGAUGAUGAGCAUGAGCUUCGACUUGGAGUUGGUAUCUCGCGCCCUGAAACAACCGAGGCUGCCUCGAAUCUUCACAAGGGGUUCUUGCCUGCUCUGCCCAACUGUCAACAUUCACAUGCUUCUAAAACAAAUUCUGCCUCUAGAGUUGGAGAGCUUAUACUACCCAAUGGGGAUAUUUAUCGUGGCACAUUACUAGGCAACACGCCAGAUGGCUCAGGCUGUUAUUUCUGGUCCGAUGGUUGCGCUUAUGAGGGUGAGUGGAGGGGAGGCCUCAGGCAUGGGCAAGGAAAGACGCUAUGGCCGACAGGGGCCAGCUACGAGGGUGACUACUCUGGCGGCUACAUUUAUGGUGAAGGAACAUAUAUUGGGCAAAACAACUUGACUUACAAGGGAGGCUGGAAGUUGAAUCUUAAGCAUGGCCUUGGUUUACAGACAUAUCCCAAUGGGGACAUAUUUGAAGGUUCUUGGAUGCAGGGAGAAAUACAAGGACAUGGCAGGUAUACCUGGGCGAAUGGGAACACUUAUGUUGGCACGAUGAAAAACGGGGUCAUGUCAGGCAAAGGAAUUUUCACAUGGAAGAAUGGAGACUCAUUUGAAGGCAAAUGGUUAGAUGGUGUCAUGCAUGGUCAUGGAGUCUAUACAUGGAAGGACUCUGGCUACUAUGUAGGAACAUGGACAAGGGGGGUGAAGGAUGGAAAAGGCGCAUUCUAUCCAAAAUGUCGUGAAAUUCUGGUUCCCCAUGAGCUAUACAUGGAUGCUUUAAGAAAGAGAGGUGCGCUGCCUGGUGUUGGAAUUCUGAAUCAUGAUUCACGUAUCCUUCACUCCUCCUCAUUCGACAUGGCAGAUGUGAUGGCUAGCGGAAAUCAGGACUCUGCAGGUGUUUCAUCUAUUAGAAGCUUGACUUUUGAGAAAACUCGCUCAAAAAAUGUAUCACUGGAAAGACGGUGGAGUCUUGGAGCGGCUAUUGAAAAAUUCAUUGGUCGUGAAACACAUGAAACUGCAAUUCAGAGCUGUGAAAACAGGGAUGAUUCCAACUUCCCUAUACAGGAGAGGGAAUACAUGCAAGGUGUUCUUAUCAGCGAGGUUGUGGUGGGCAGAAGCUUCUCAAAUUCAUUCAGAAAAGUGUCACGUCGCCAGAAGAAAGUGGUGAAGGAUAUCAAGAAGCCUGGUCAAACAAUAAUUAAAGGACAUAGGAGCUAUGAUCUAAUGCUCAGCCUGCAGCUUGGAAUCAGGUAUACAGUUGGAAAGAUUACGCUGAUUCAGAGGCGUGAAGUGCGAGCUUCUGAUUAUGGUCCCAGAGCAAGUUUCUGGAUGAACUUCCCUAAAAAUGGAUCACGGCUUACUCCUUCUCAUCAUGCUGAUGAUUUUAAAUGGAAAGACUACUGCCCAAUGGUUUUCAGAAAUUUGAGGGAGAUGUUCAAGAUUGAUGCAGCAGACUAUAUGAUUUCCAUUUGUGGAAGCGAUGCACUUAGGGAGUUAUCAUCCCCUGGAAAGAGUGGAAGUGUCUUCUUUCUAUCACAGGAUGAUCGAUUUAUGAUCAAGACUCUACGGAAGUCUGAAGUGCAGGUUCUUCUACGAAUGCUUCCAGAGUAUUAUUACCAUGUCCGUACCUAUGAGAACACACUGAUAACUAAGUUUUUUGGCCUCCACAGGGUUAAACCGUCCAGCGGUCAAAAGUUCCAUUUUGUAGUGAUGGGAAACAUGUUUUGCACCGAACUUAGAAUUCACAGGAGGUUUGACUUGAAAGGUUCAUCCUUAGGCCGUUCAACGGACAAAAUUAAAAUUGAUGAGAACACAACACUGAAAGACUUGGAUCUGAAUUAUUCAUUUUAUGUCGAUCCUUCUUGGCGGGAGACUCUGCUUAAGCAAAUUGAGACUGAUAGCAAAUUUUUAAGGAAUCAUGCAAUAAUGGAUUAUAGCUUACUUCUUGGCGUCCAUUAUCGAGCUCCUCAAAACCUGCGGACACAGGCAUCCUUUAAUCAGACAAUCGUACCAGAUAGGCUCACUGUUCUUUCGGAAGAAGGUGCUCUGGAGGAGGAUGCUAUGAACUGUUCUGAAGGAUUGGUUUUGGUUCAGCGAGCUAGUGGCCAAAAUGUUGUAGUUAUUGGUCCUCAUAUAAGGGGAGCCCGUCUUCGAUCAAGUGCAAGUUUUGAAGAAGUAGAUCUCUUGCUUACAGGCACCGCAAGGCUCCAGAUCCAGUUAGGGGUUAACAUGCCUGCAAGAGCAGAACAGACCACUAAAGAUGAUGACAGCGACUCAUUUGGUCAGGUGUAUGAUGUGGUGCUCUACCUGGGAAUAAUUGAUAUCUUGCAGGAGUACAACUUAAGGAAGAAGAUUGAGCAUACUUACAAGUCCAUCCAAUAUAACUCAUUGUCAAUAUCUGUCGUGGAACCCAAUAUCUACUCGGAGCGCUUCCUGAAUUUUAUUCGGACGAUAUUUCCUGAAAGCUCAUAAGAUCCAUUAAUUUCUAGUCUUCACGAGCAAAAUGCAAGAAGCUUUAUUCAGCACUUACUGUGGCUAUCUGCAUUUUUUUUUUUUUGCUACAUCCGUCUUCACUUUCUUCUCUUCCUUAACUCAAGCAUUCACCCUGGGAUUGGU